AUGAGUACUAAAAUGGUUCCUUACAUUGAAGGAAUAAUCAAAGAAGAGCCUGAUAACGGCACUCCAAAGACUCAAGAAGAUAGGAGGUCUCACGAUCAGCCCUCUCCUUCAAACCACCUUGAGUUAGAUGAUUCAGAAUGCUUUAACAAAUCCAAAACCUCAAAAGACCUGAACAGUACCAAACCAUCCAAAAAGAGGAAUCCGAGGAGGAAAAUGACUCUCGACGAGGAAACCAAGAAAUGUCCCAAGAAAGCCGGUCUAAAUAAGAAAAAGACUAGGAAAACAAGCAAUCAGAACGUACAAAAGAAAUUUAAAAAGCUAAUGUCAGGCAGCGGCGAUCUUGAAUUAGAAAUGAGGUUGAUGAGCUCCAAACUCCGGAGGCUGAACCGAGGAUGAGCCAAAAAGGCCCCUGUAGUCGUCAAGUCUAUUCUUAAGAGUGCCGACUCAACAGAUCUUCGAAAAUGUAAGAAGCAAGUCGCUUUUGACUUAGAAGAAGAAUGCUUCUACUAAUCCUGCUAUAUUCUAAAUAAUUUUUCAUAAAGUCUUCAUCAUG